GCCCUCUGCAGAGGGGCCGUGCCGGCGGAGAGUCCUCUGCUUGCGGCUGCCGCGGCGUCUCCACAGCGACUGUGACAGCCCCCGGACACGGACGUGCGACCCUCGCUACUCGCGCAGCCGCCGCGGCCUCCACGGCGGCCCCAGUCAGUCUCUCGCCUCGGCGCCCAAAUCCGGGGACAGUCCGUCCCGCGGUCGCUGCGGAGGCCGCAUCUGGCGCGCAUCUGGAACCGCCCGGCCCGCCGCCCUGGAGCCCGCGCCCGCCCUGGCCCGGCCGCGCCGGGAGCCCUGCCCGGAGCUGGAGCCGCACCUGGAGCCUCGGGCCCGGGGCCCUGAGCCGCGCAGCCGGCGCAUGAUGAACUCGCUGCUGUUCGGGGAGAUGGCCUUGGCCUUCGGCUGCCCGCCGGGCGGCGGCGGCGGCGGGAGCUGCCCCGGCGGGGGCGGCGGCGGCGGGGCCGGACCGGGGCCGUCGCCCGUGACGGCGGCGCUGCGGGACGACCUGGGCUCUAACAUCCACCUCCUGAAGGGGCUCAAUGUGCGCUUCCGCUGCUUCCUGGCCAAGGUGCACGAGCUGGAGCGGCGCAACCGGCUGCUGGAGAAGCAGCUGGAGCAGCAGCAGAGCGAGCGCGAGCGGCGGCUGCGCUACAAGACCUUCUCCCGCGAGCAGGCGGUGCAGACCGGGCCCGAGCUGCUGCGGCCGCCGGCGGCUGCCGGCGGGCACGCUAACGGCAUCGCGGCGGCCGGAGCCAACGCCAACGCCGUGGCCCUGGGCGGCCUGCCCCCCGGCGGCGGCUCGCAGCCGCAGUACUACGGCCGCCUGCCCGGGACCAUCUGGAGCUACACGCAGGUACGGCGCACGGGCGGCGGUGGCGUGGAGACCGUGCAGGGCCCCGGCGUGUCGUGGGUGCACCCCGACGGCGUGGGCGUGCAGAUCGACACCAUCACGCCUGAGAUACGCGCGCUCUAUAACGUGCUGGCCAAGGUGAAGCGCGAACGAGACGAGUACAAGCGGAGGUGGGAGGAGGAGCUCGCCAAGCGCAUGAACCUGCAGACCAUGGUGGACACACUACAGGAGGCUGCGCAGGAGGCCGAAGCCAUCCAGGAGGAGAUGAACGAGAAGAUCGAGAGACUCAAGGCUGAGCUGGUGGUGUUUAAGGGGCUCAUGAGUGAUCCCAUGACAGACCUGGACACAAAGAUCCAAGAAAAGGCCAUGAAGGUGGACAUGGACAUCUGCCGCCGAAUCGAUAUCACGGCCAAGCUGUGCGAUGUCGCACAGCAGCGGAACUCGGAAGACGUGUCCAAGAUCUUCCAGGUGGUCCCCAAAAAGAAAGAGCGUAAGGUGGCUCCAGACGAUGACAUCUCCGAGCAGGAUGGGGAAGUGAACCGGUUCUCUGAUGACGAAGUUGGCUCCAUGAAUAUCACAGACGAGAUGAAACGCAUGUUUAACCAGCUGCGGGAGACCUUUGAUUUUGAUGAUGACUGUGACAGCCUGACCUGGGAGGAGAAUGAAGACACGCUGCUGCUCUGGGAGGACUUCACCAACUGCAAUCCCACCAUCGACCUGCAGGGAGAGCAAGAGGAAAACUUGGGCAACUUGAUCCACGAGACUGAAUCCUUCUUCAAGACGAGAGACAAGGAGUACCAGGAGACGAUAGGCCAGAUAGAGCUGGAGCUGGCCACAGCCAAGAGCGACAUGAACCGACACCUGCACGAGUACAUGGAGAUGUGCAGCAUGAAGCGGGGCCUGGACGUGCAGAUGGAGACCUGCCGCCGGCUCAUCAAAGGCUCGGCAGACAGGAAUUCACCAUCCCCCAGUUCCGUGGCCAGCAGCGACUCAGGAAGUACAGACGAGAUCCAGGAUGAGUUCGAGCGUGAGGCGGAUGUGGAGCCAAUGGUCAGCUGAUGACUGAGACCCCCUGUGCCUGGUGGUCUUGGUGAUGGGGCCCCUGCACCCCCUCCCUCCCCAUGGGGCCAAGAAGGCUUCCGGAAUGGGGCUGCAGACCUCACCAUGUAGACUUCCUCUGCCUCCCUCUCUGGAGGCCCCGAGGGACCGCUGCUUCCUUCCUUCCACCCCCCACCAACCAGUGCCCCUUCUCCAUCUACCCACCCACUCACGGAAUGGUGCUGUCAAUUUCUAUUGUUCUCCACGUUACAAAUGCAGACUUCUGUCCGGACGAGGCAGUGUUAACUGUGCCUUUUCCCUGAAGCUGAGCCACUUUGAGCUCCAAAGAAUUACUCCUAGCAGGUGUUUUUAUACAAAACUCUAGGGUGAGGGCGGGGCCCCCCUGGCAUGGUAUACUUGCGGUCUUCUACCCUCCCACCUGCUCCUCUGAUUGGCCAUGAGCUAUGCCGUCCCCUCCUCUUCCGGCCAGCGCUGACUGAGCUGGGCUUGGGGUGGUCCACUGCGCCCCCAGGAAGGAGCUGCUUGCCUUUGCAACCUUGGGGGCCUCCCAAGUGUUUUUCUUAUCAAAAGAGGGAAAAGGGGGAAGGAGGUAGGGUAAACAAAUUUUUCUUUUCUUUUUGGAUCAAGUGGCAAAGCGGAGGGACAAGGCACUGUGGGGGAAAGCGGAGCCUCACUGUGUUUAAACUACUAUGCAAAAAACAAAACAAACAAAAAGCAGCUUGCCUUAUCGCUGUGGAAGGUAGGCCCUUCUCCCAGACUCCUGGCUGCCCGUGGAGCUGAGAGGGAGGCUGAAGCUAAGAUGGUCUCUCUUGCAGCCUCUGAGGGUGCGCACUGACUGGAGAGGGCGUCCUGUCCUGGUCGGUGGUGAGGCCUGGGUCCCGCAAGGCCCUCGGCCCGCCUGACUGCGUUCUUGGGACCUCUGUGGGUUGGGGGGUGGGGGGUCUUUUAUUGCCCUGACGACUUGAUGUUUUUCGCCCCCCUUCCAGCCAACAAUAAGAGGUUAUAGAUCUGUAAUUUCUCUGUGAGAAAGUCUGGAGGGGUCCAGGCCGGAGCUGGGUUAGUUCUGCCUGCUGCCAUCUUGGUUCUCCACAGCCCCGUCGCCCGUUUGGCCACUGGCGGGCAUUGGAAAGGGAAGAGGAGGGGAGCCACAAGGGCUGCUGGCAGGUUGGAGGUGGUGGGAGUGGAGCUGGAGUGAGAAUCAGCCUUGUUCUGCUCGUGGACAUAUGCAAACCUCUUCCUAUAAUUCACUUGAUUGACCGACCAGCCGGGGAGUUAAUCUGAGCCAGUAUCUCCCCAAGACUUGAGUGGACCCCUGUUGAAGGGCACCCCGUUGAGGCCACCCACCAAAUCUCAGCUUGGAGUCAGACCAGCGGGCUUUGAUUAUUUUGUUGUUGUUUUUGUUUGUACCCACUGCUGUGGGUGCCAUGCUUUGUUUUUGUUGGUCCAGAAGCGCCCCUGGAGGUCAGAGAAGCAAAAUGUGCCCAAGAACCAGAACUUAACCACCUGGGUGGGGUCUGUGUCUGGAGGAGGGGCUCUAGCUUCCAGUGGGUUGGUGGCCCUGUCUUUCCUCUUUGGGGUGCCAGUGACCUGUAAGGGCUUCUCUCUCUUCCAUUUCCCCCACUUGUUUUGUUGUCAUGAAACCAUUGUAUAUAAUACUCAUUCAGUAUAUAUAGAGAGAGAGAGAGAGAAAGAGAGAGGGAGAGAGAGUGUGUUAGUGACGGUAUAUAAUUUUUUAUUUAUCAGAUGGCCUUUAUGAGUUUUUCCUUUUUGUUGUUAUUGUUGGGGGAACUUCCUACUGGUUCCCUGUGGCCGUCUGGCUGAGAGGCCUCCGUCCCCAGCAUCUCUUACUGGCCAAGCAGUCCUGUGGUAGGUACGUGGAGGGACAAUGGUUUCGGAGGAGAGACCGCCUUUCCUCCUCCUCCUUACCGACUCUUGUUCAAAGGGUUACAGGGUUCAAACAUACCUGAUUAUUAUUGUCAUUAUUGUUAUUGUUUUAGUUUUAGUUUUAUUUUAACCAAAGGUUAUCAGAGCCAGUAGGCUUGGACCUCAGCUGCUUAAAAGAUUUUCCGUUUGCAGGACGGCCCCAUGGGCCUCCUCUGUCCAGGGCUGAGGGAGGCAUCGAAUGGUGCAGUUUGGGAGGCAGAGUGGAACCCAGCCCUGGGUUGUUCUUAAGGUGGUGGGAGGGUGAUAGACCGAAAUUUAGGGUUAAGACAGUAAGGCAACAGUGUAUUUGCAGGUAACCAAGGUGACCGUGGCAGUUGGUGUCCAGUGGUAUUAGUUUUGCUCUCCCCCUCUUAUACAUAGGACAUUAUCUUUGGGGACUGGGGUCCUCUGAACUUGUCCAUGGAGUAUGUAAAUGGCAGGAGCCAAGACAGAGGCUGGCUAAAAGUUCCUUCCUGCUGGUUUUUAAUAGCUGUUCUCCCCUGGGGAGCAAGGAUUUGGGGCAGGUGGUGGGGCAGGGGGUCUGAGGGACAGCAAGGGAAUGACUGACCUGCUUCUUGAGCAGGGUCCUGGGUCCUGGCCUGGCUGCCCCCAUCCCCACCAAGUUCUUUUGUGAGUCAGUUGCCGGUGGGCCCUGCUUGUCCCCUCGCCAUGAGCCUACAGCUUGCCAAGAAAGACCCCAACGCUCUCUGGGGCAGCACCAGUCGGGAUGAACUGGUCCAUCCUCUGUAAAGCUGUAAAUACUUAAUUUCCUAUUUCUAAGCCCAGUGUCAUAUUGACAUUGGUAUUUUAGAAUUGUUCUCAAAUGGGCUCUCCUGUGCUGCCCUCUCUCACUCUCCUAUUUUUGGGGGUUUUAUAAAAAGAGGAUUGGGGAGGGGCAGGGAGAGCAGCUUCUUUUUGGCUCCCUGGUUGUGGGACACACGCACACAAGUACACAUACACACUCACACCAUCACUCACUCACUCCUCUGAGACUCUGAACUGGGAAAAAAGCCCUUGGCAAGUAAAUGCAUUUUAUUUUCCUGUGGGAAUAUGUCUUGAGGUCUCUGAAGGGCCAGACCCCAUGGACGUAGCUCUGGGGGUGGAGCUCAGAUGACCUACGGAGAAUCAAGCCACUACAGCUUGGGAUGGGGAGAGAGGGCCAUGGGUGGGGGUACUAUAAGGUGUAACUUAAGCUAAAUGUAAUCUAUUUAUAAAGCAAGAGACUCUCAUCUAUUUUUAUGAAAGGAAAGGUUUUGUAAUCUAGGGUAGGUAGUGGUGGGAACCCGGCGUUUUCCUGUGGGCAAGAUGCAUGUUGCUCCUGGAUUUCAUAUAUCAGUGCGCCUCCCCGUCGCUCCCUGGCCGCCCUGCCCGCUCAUCCUCACCCCUGAGCGGCUUCAGCGGAGCGUGCAACCCACCCAUCCCCGUCCCUGUUCCCCGAUCCCUCAGCUUGGUCCUUGGAAGUCUUGGAGGGGUGCUUGUGGGAGCAGGUGGGCAGCAGGGAAUUCUGAAUUGGGUGGGUGGGGGGAGGGGAGGGGGGCACUCGGGACAGGACAGGCUGUACGUCGGAGGGUGGGUUCUGAUUGUUCCUCGAACUCUGGUUUGCUGAGAUCCAUUUCAAGUCAGCUGUGUCUGGGAGAGACCUGAGAAACAGCAGCGUGUGGGUGGCUAUGGACCACUGGUUCAGGAGGCACAUGGCUUGCUUGGAGGUUGGGUCCUACCGGAUCCCAGGUUGUCGGGCAGCUGGAGCAAGACUGGAAGUGCCCAGAGGUGCCAUAGCCCAGCCCUGGCGGUGCCUACUCCAGGCUGAGGCCUGGGCUGCUGGCUGUGAAGUGCCCCUCCAGGGCCCUGGAUGAGGAACUGGGGCUCUGGGGGCUUCCACAGACCUGGGUCCCCCUCCCUGAGACACCAAGCUCUGGUUCUGGAGCGGGGAGUCUGGAGGCAGCCAGGUGGGUGUAAAUAAAGGCAAAUUCUCUCUGGAAGGGAAUUUCCCAUGGGUGGAAGGUUUCUGGGCUCAGGGUGGAUUGUGCGUAGGUCUUGGACAAAUCCCUUACCAUUCCUGCUGUCCAGCCCUCAAAGAAAUGAAGCAAAGGUGCCCUGCCCCCCAAGACCCCUUUGUGGACAUUUUAGCACUGACCUGAUUUUUAGCCCCAUCCAGGGAGACUUUCUAUCGCGUGUCCCUUCCCACCCCACUGUUGCUGUCUGUCUGCCAGCUGGGUCUAAUGUAAAGGGAAAGGGUUCGGGGUGGGGGGAUGUUUCUACUCAUUGAAAGACUACUGAUCCUACCGGAAACCAACCUGUUUACUGUACUGUUGUAAAUAUCAUACCCUUUAUAUCCUGUAUAUUGGCUUCUUUUAAAUAAAGUGAAAUGUCUUAGAA